AUGCCGGCCCACGGCAGCGAUGCGCCGUCCCACGACACGGCAGCUCCACGAAAUUCACGGAUCGGUGGGCUGGGCACAUCGAAUGAUGCGGAAGCGAAGUCAAGCAAUACGGCAUUUCAGCUGUGCUCCCAGUUUGUCGACAGGGAAGGGCGGGGCAGCAAGCCUCAGUUUGGGUUCAACGGCCUCGGAGAGCUCGUCUACCAGCGAACGUACGCCAGGUACCUGGGAGAAGACACGGACGACCGUGAGCAAUGGUGA